AUGGGGAAACGCACGGCUCUGGAGGCCAACAGCAAGGGUGUUGCCUACUCUGGACGCGAUGCAAAGCGCCAGCGAACUCAUGGCAGCAUCGAGCGCGACUCGCCGCACCCCAAUGGAGGCACAGAGGAGAAAGUCACGUCUGCGCGCGAGUUGCAGCAGGCGCUCCUCUUCGACCAGAGCCACCAGAGCGAAUUUCGCACCGGCUUGAACCUCUUUAAGCGCUUCCUCGAUUCCAUCCUCUACUCGACCGACGACGACGACUUGCCCCGGAAGCGCGCCAUCCUCCGCGAAUACCUCGACAGCCAGAAGGACCGGGGCCGUGGCCGCGAUGAGAAGGACAAGGCCUUUCUGCAGAACCUCACUCAGGCUUGGGACCACGCUGCCGAGACGAAUCACGAUGCUGUCAUUUCCCAGGUCACCGCCGUGCUUGCCCUUCUCUUCAAAAUCUUCUCCACUCAUGCAGACUUCCUCGACUAUGGCACCCUCCUCGCCAAAACACUGUUGCAGCCCGCCAUUGCUCGUCGCUUUGUUCGCAGUACUUCGGCCGCACCAAAUCAAGAGAAAGUCAUUGCUCCGGCACUGCGACUGCUGACUGAGCUCACAAAAUUUAACGAGGGUGCACACGCAAGGGCUGUAUACGCAAAGCGGGACUUCACACUCGAACCCAAGAUCCUGGGCAGGAACAUCAACUUGGGCCGGGAACAAUCAGCUGACGACCACGUCAAAAAGCCGAGCAUUCGUACAACAGCCAUCAGGUAUCUCUUGACGCAUCUGAGGUACCAGGACGAACGUGCCAAGAGCGAGAUAGUCACGAAUACGAAUGUGGUGCGAGCCGUCUUCGACCACAUCCGGACAGACCCUCCGUUUCUGAUACAUGAGAUUCUGCACGUCUUUAAGAGCCAUGUGUUCCAGGACAAGACAAUCGUACGCCACAUCAAAAGCCGUAUACUGAGCGGUAAGACGCUGGCACGGAUAGCCUCUCUCUACAGCUAUGAGGUGGAAGAGGGCUCCCUCACAGAAGGGCAGAGCCCACCAGAUCAACUGGCCCACGAAUUCCUACGUUUUGUCUGUACGGAUCCUGCCUAUGGUGUAAUGUUACCGACAGCCGGAAUGUAUCCUUCAACACCAGACGAUGACGAAGCCGAAAUGGACGAUGCAGUAGAGUACGGUAAUGACUUGGGCCUCGAAGCGGCAGAAAAUUACAGCAAGACGGGUAGAAUUCGCAACAUCAUCCUUUCAGAGUUUACGCAGAGCCUGAGGCCAUACGCAAAUACGUUGCAUCAAGAACUUGUCAUCGAUAUCUUCAAGGCAUGUCCUGAAUUGGUGGCAGACUAUUUCAUCAGACGACGAGACUUUAGUUACGAUCCCAAACUCACUGCGACCUGGAUAGGAUACUCCGCUUUCUUAUUCCAGACUAUUCAGCUUCCUGUUCCCAAAUACUUUGGUGCAAGAAAAGGUUACCGCGAUCAGCCCCCUCCAGUGCCUAUCCUACUUCAGAGUAUCCUCCCCCAACCCCUGAACCAGCAGGUCCUCACAAAGUGUCUUAAUAACAACUCCGACUUGGUACAGCUCUUCGCUAUUCGUGUGCUCAUUGUCGCUCUCCAAAAGCUUCAGGCAGUUGUUCAAGAGCUGAAUAACGCUAGUGCUGUAAGAGCAUCUAGGCAUUGGGAGCAAGCAAGCAAGCGCCUAAUCACCGAGGUCAGCCGACGUUGUCCAUCAAUUCGAACUGUUUUCCUUGCACUGAAGAAACCUGGAGUCAAAGACAUGAAGCGUGAAUCGAUAACAAGACUCCUACGUUUUUACUACGAGGUAACACCCCAAGUUGCCUUGCAAGAAAAGUUUGACGUUUCACUUCCGCUUUGCAGCGCCCUAGUAGAUGCAGAGAAGUCUGCAUCCUCGUUGGAUGUCAAAGCUUUCCGCGUCAUGGAGCUUGAACACUGGAUUCAGAUGGCAAGAUUAUCCCCCGCGAUGCGCUGGUGGCAAAAGCAAAAAUCACUCCAACAUUCACCAUUCGUCACUCUACUUAAGCUGUUGGUCACUUCUAAGGAUAGUGAAACGUAUGGGGGCAUCAAAAGUCUUUUAAGUGAAGUAUUACACAAUCAGGAGAUGCUGCAAACAACGACCUCCCCUGAUGCUUUGGAUGCCCUCAUUGCAAGUUUACGUGCAACUUCUGGAUCAGACGCACCCUCGAACGAUGUGCUCGAAUUCCUUGAUGAUUGUUGUGCACGUUUCAUCAAAGUACCAAUCAAGUACUUCGAUGACUUAGACACCAUGUGCGUGCGCUUGUCGCGAUCUGUGGACAAUUCCGGACCGUUUAGUGCUAUUCUGAUGACAUUUGUCGAGCAAUGGCCUUUCAGAGGAGGUGACGCCCAAAGAAGCAGCGCGUCCGAUGCUCUUGCCCAAUGGUUGUCCAGACUUCUCUACUUGCUCAAGCUCAUAGGUGAAGACGAGACGUUGUUGAGCGGUGUUCGCGAUACGAUGAUGGAGGCGGCGAACUCUGCAUAUAAGGAGGUCCUGAAGGACGCCUUUUUGUGGAAAAUGGGGAAAGAGAGGGCCAAAGAAGCCCUGAAGCUGGCCACUGGUGCCGACUUUAGUGGUUCGGAAAGAUCCACGAGCUCCCCAGUCCCUCGUGUUGAACCGGAGCAGCCCGCACAGAAUCGGCCUGAUGUCGAUCUCGAAGCGCCGCCUAAGGAAGACAAGAGGCACACUGGUCUAACACGAUGGAGGAAGAAAGAUUUGGCAGAAGCCAUUGAUGACGGAGAUAUAGGAGAGUUGUUGCUCUGCCUGUGCUCCGAGCACGCAGAAAUCCGCAUUCAAGCCAUCCAGAGCCUUCGGCAACUCAUGGCCACUCUUCGUACCUCCAAUCAGAACACGGGAGAACAAUACAGGGCAGAGGAUAAACAACAAACCAGUCACGUUGAUCACGACUUGCAGCAACUCUACCUUCUAUUCGGGGAGAUACUCGAGUCAGUCGAUCCUACAGGCUCGGAGCCAUUUCCAUACGUGGGCGGGGCACUGGCAGCCCGCUGCGCCAGUAUCGUGGCCGAUCCGACUCUUCCACUGUUCAGCAUCAUCAAUAGGUUCCUGACUGCGUCUCCGUCAUGGGAUGUUCAUUCUCUCUUGCGAUACUUUUGGCACCGCAUCGUGGCCACCGAGCCCAACGACGACGGCGCCUAUCAUGCAGAGGUGGAGUGGUAUCUCGACUACCUGCUUGACUCGCUUCGAACGUCAACAGACAUGGAGCUCUUUCGCAGGAGUAACGUCUUUGAGCAACUGCUCAGCCACUAUAGCUCAAGAUCCUGCGCUGUGGCAGCCAAAGAGAAGAUUGUGCGACUUUUACUUCGAGCUACGCACGUCGGAGGCAGUACUACGCUUAUCACCAGGUGUGGGCUGAUGUCAUGGAUACAGAUCAUGCUCGAUGGCCACGACUCUCGUCAUCGAGCCCUUCGGGUGCUUGCCUCGCGUGUCUACGAGACAUGUGACCAAGACAAGGUGGCGCAAUGGAGCAGUGGUGCGAUGAAAGAGACUGUGGCGUCGCUGAGCCGAAGUAGUGCAUGA